CCAAAACCUCACAAAAUCUGGGAUCUGAAGACACCUCGAAGUGUUGCUUGACUGAGGACGCCCAGAUCAGGACCCUCCUUGCCGGGGAAGUCACCGAUGGACUGUGGACACUUGGCUGAGAGCAGCGAGGAGACCUCGGGCACGGAGCCUGAUUCCUUGCUGCCUCCUGCUGCUGGCAGCAAUCCCUGCCUGCCCUCAUCCUCUGUGCCCCGGGCUGGGGCAUCCCCGGGCAGACCCGCGGCUGCCAACGCUGCUCGGGAGCGCAGCCGGGUUCAGACCCUGCGCCACGCGUUCCUCCAGCUCCAGAAGACUCUCCCCUCCGUGCCACCCGACACCAAGCUCUCCAAGCUGGAUGUGCUCCUCCUGGCCACCACCUACAUCGCCCACCUCACCCGAAGCCUUCAGGAUGAGGAAGAGUCACCGGGAGAGGGCUUGGGCACCCUCCGAGGGGAUGGGUACCUCCAUCCCGUCAAGAAGUGGCCAAUGCGUUCCAGGUUAUACAUUGGAGCUUCAGGACAGUUUCUGACUCACUCAGCACAGGCAGACGGUGCAAGCCAAGGAGAAACAUCAACAGCUUCACAAAUCUAA